CGGACGAUAUCUGGACGUGGGGGUGCCGUACAUAUACUAAUACUAGACUUCUCACUGCCAUCUGCCUGUCAACAACCUUCGCCACACUCACCAGGUCUACCUUUACCACCGCCACUACGCCCACCACCAUGUCUGAGAAGCCAGACCACCUCUGUGUCCUGGUCCAUGGCCUUUGGGGUAACCCCGACCAUUUGAAAUAUGUCAGCACUACUCUGAGCGAGAGGUUUCGCAGUGAGAAACUCCACGUCCUUGUUGCGGCGCGUAACUCGGGCAGCUUCACCUACGACGGCAUAGAUACGGGUGGCGAGCGCGUUGCCCAAGAAAUCGAGGGAAAGCUCGAGGAGUUAGCUGAGAGUGGACACAACAUCACCAAGAUCAGUAUCAUAGGAUACUCAUUAGGAGGUCUCAUUUCCCGUUAUGCUAUCGGAUUGCUCUAUCGGAGGGGCAUCUUUGAUAAGAUACGGCCGAUAAACUUUACCACCUUUGCGACUCCCCAUCUCGGCGUUCGAACACCCCUCAAAGGCUACCAUAGUCACUUGUGGAAUGUCCUGGGCGCGCGCACACUCUCUAUGAGCGGAAGACAACUCUUUGGUGUGGAUAAAUUCAGAGACACUGGCCGACCACUUCUAGCCGUCCUCGCAGACUCAGAAAGCAUCUUCAUCCAGGGACUGGCUCAAUUCAAGCACCGAAGUUUAUACGCCAAUGUCGUCAACGAUCAAACAGUGACAUACUACACUGCCGGCAUCUCGUCAACCGACCCUUUCGUAGAUCUAAACAAGGUCAAAAUAAACUACAUCGACGACUACGACGACGUCAUUGUCGAUCGAGAACACCCAGUCUCGCCAAGAGAGCCCGAGGAACCACGAGCAUUCGCACAACGCCUAGCAGAAGGUACAAAGACGGUGAUCGGGCGUGCAUCCAUUGUAGCGCUCCUCUCAGUCUUGGUCCCUAUCGGUGUGGCUGUUUUUCUAAUCAAUUCCGCCUUUCAAUCAGUUCGCAGCCAACAACGUAUACGACUUCACCAAGAAGGCCGAUCGGGUAUCGACUACACGCACUAUCGCAUACCACUGAUGAUCAAUGCAGUACGGCGAGAGGCUGAGAGCAUAUAUGGCAACGCCAAUCACGCACAGAGCCAGGAAUACCUAAGCAAUGGCUCCGAAGAGGCCGCGUCUUCAACACAGCAAAAGACUCUAGGAGAAGCGCACAAAACUGGGUCUGAUACCGGAGUCGAUUCUAUCGAAGCACAAAAAGAGGAGGCCAAUCUGAAGUUCCCGACCCUUGCACUUACACCAGAGCAAUUCAAAAUGAUCGAAGCGCUAGACAACGUUGGUUUCAAGAAGCAUCCAGUUCACAUCCACAACCACCGGCACUCGCACGCCGCUAUCGUUGUUCGCAUGAACAAGGCGGCCUUCAACGAAGGUAAAAUCGUAAUUCAGCACUGGCUCGACAAUUUCGAGCUUUAAUGUCCUUCCAGCAUCUUUCAAUUCGCAGUGAUCGAGGCUACAUCCCAGUUUUUCCAGCGUGGCGCAUGGCGAACCUUAGACGUGUACUAAUACUUUACGGCCGUACACCAGCAAACUAGUCGAGCGAUUGAUACCCUUGAGCAUCAUGUACAGAGUACACAACUGGAGGAACCAUGUCUUUGCAUCCUUGCAUAUUUGCUUUAAUAGAAAUCUAGAAAUUAAUACCAUACACAAAUUCCCCAAAAUGUCUU